UCCAGCUAAGUUGCUCCGAGUGAUGCUGCGUCCGCGCUGAAUACAUAUUUUGGUCCUUCAUCGUUUCUUCUCGAAGUUCCGCUCAGAUAUGCGGACGUCACAAUCAACCUUCCGCCAUCAACGAUUGCAAACCAAGCCAGCCCCAUGACUGGGCAGAAGGGAUCCGAUAUUUCAUCCCGCCUCGGCGUUAGACGGUCGAAGACAACGACCGCCAAACCCUCAAAGACGUCCGACCCGCCAAUCAACGCCCCGCCGAAAGCAGCUCUGGCCACCGCAAGGCGAAUCAAUGACAUGCUGCAUCCUCGGUCCUCCAAGGAGCGUGAGCGAGCCAGAAGGGUAUCAGACAGUGCUGCAACACGGACCGAAGCCACGGUGGCUGCGCUGAGCGAGGGGGACGUGCCGAGCGAAGAUGGGCCCUCGGAUCCAGGCGCGAAGAGGGUCGCAGAGCUGGAACAAGCGCUGGCGACCGCCUUGGAGGAACAAAAUACCAUGAAAGAAGAACUGGCGAAGCUUAGAGAACACGUACAGGUGUACCGAGAGACGAUCGAAGAGUAUCGGCGAACACUGGCAAGCACGUACGUCCAAAGCCCACCCGCAGCCUUCCAACACGACCCACGACCCGCAUCAGCCCGCUCGAACUCGUACAGUGACGAUAGCGCGCCACGAAGAUUGGUGAAUCCGCCGCGUGAGGAUCUGUCGGAGCAGAACGAUCACCUCCGUACCAAGGUCGCACAGUUGCAAGAGCAGCUCAUGACGCAAGAGGGCACAUAUCAGUCCCUGUUGGAACAUCGGAGAUCGCGAGCGGAAGCUGAGUGGGAUGAAUUGACUGCACGGCUCCAUUUGACUGAAAAAGAAUCUGGUGAACGGUUGCAGCAAUUACUGUCUCUGAAGACUGCCUUCUCGUCUCUCACACGUGUCGAAUCGCAAGUGACAGACAGCGAGCUCUCAGAGACCUUCUCUCAGCUUUCCAACCGCGUCCGCGAAUGGGUCAUCAGCAACUAUCGCCGGGCAAAGCUGAAUUUCAUCGAUCUCCCGCAAGACACUGUCCAAGUUCUGCAGGCUACAUUCCCAUCAUACAUGACCAUCGAUCCAACCAACCGACUGGCCCUAUUCCAAAAUAUUGUGUCCAAUACGUUGAUGCACAUUUUCGAGGAGUCCUUGUUCAUAGGCCUCCCAGAGACGGGGCCGUUCGCCACUCUCCGACAAAUAGCGAGCCUAGUCCAAAAGACGGAUGGAUACCAAAAUUGGCGACACUCCACGAUCCGCUGUCUCCGGGAGAGCGAUACGAAAGCGACAGUCAACGAGGAAAGAGCCCGACAGAUAGAUCGCUUGGCAUCCGAAAUAUUGCAUCACUUGCACGCUGUCACGUCUGUAGCCCUGCCGUCAGAAGCUCGGUCUGCACUCGAGACUAUUCUGAGCACGACAGUGGAGUUCCAAAAUACGCUUUUGCUACAAAGAGCACGGUACAGAGUAGACUUUUUUCGGGAACAGGGCGGCAUCAACCCGAGCUUCGACGAUCAGCGCAUGGAGCCUAUCAAUGAGCUUGAUGAGUAUGUAGAUGAUGAUGGCGACGUGGUCGUAGACCGCGUCUUUGCCUUCUGUGUUUUCCCGUGCCUGGAGAAGUUUGGCGACGAAUACGGAGAGCACACAGAAGUGAACAAUGUUCUAGUAAGAGCCAGGGUGUGCUGCAGUGUCAGGUAAAACCUGCUUUCAGCUCUGGGAUCUAGCUUUGAGAAAAUGUGCCAACAGCAGAAUUCCAGCCAGGCCGAGUGAUUGCGCUCCGAAGAGCAGACCAGCCUGGAGUAGAAUUGCCGAAGGCGAGAGCCACGCGGUCCGUCAUAGCCAGCUUGCACAAAACGUACGAGCUGAGACGGCGUUCGCAAGCGGAUCGAUCUUCGCAAACAGACUAGCUGCAACGGUACAGGGGAAGAAACCGAGGCAGCUUAAGAGUGUGCGAUAGAGGAGAAGGUAAAUGCAGGAACAUGCAUCGAGGAUACCAAGCGGUAAUAGUACUUGGAUUCGUUGCAGAAAGGAGCUAUUCCUCGUCAUCGUCGUCGUCCCCUUGAACGUCCAUGACUCGUUCUCCAGCUUUCUCAAGGGUGCGGCGACUCCAUGCACGCACACCUUUGUAGAUAGC